AUGCUAUCCAGCCAGAUGAAAGGCUCCGAAUUGAGCCCGGAAAAGAAGAAGCCGGCCCGGAGGCCAGCGAGGGGACUCGGCGAGGCGGGGAAUGGCCGGGCCCUGCCCGGGGCUGAGGCGCCCCGACGGCUCCCGGGCAGAAGCGGGACCCGCUGCGGUGGACCAGCCCCCGGUUCAUCAGACUUCACAUGUGCUAGCAAUCACCAGCAGGCUGCAUUGGAGAAUCCCACCGUGUCAGGCAACGUAAGCUCAAGGCCCCGUGAUUACGUGCCUAACAAACGUCCAGGAGCAGACAGCUUAGCUGCCGGGUCAGUGUUAGACUCGGAGUGCAUGUCCUCCAGCCAGCCGACUGCCAGCACAGAGCGCGUGGUACGCUAUCACCAAGCUGGUUCAACUUCUCACCCUGUCUUUCACGUCCUGCAGGAUUUUCCUACAGAUGUUGCAGCACGAAGGUUGUCUUUGGAUAAUGUGGAAGAGGGCAGCAGACAAAAAGAUGACAUUUGCAUUUCCCAGCAUGCCACGGGGCAGAAAGACGCCGUGAGAACAGUUUUAAAGCAAAAAGCUCAAAGCAGGCCUAUCUUUAAAGAAGUAAAAGUUCAUCUUUUGGAAGACGCGGGCACAGAAAAGGCUGCCGCUGCUCCGGAGGCCAGAGUUUCACCCAGCGGCGGUGAUUCAGCCACGACCGUGGCCGCAGCGACUGCUGCUGCUAUCGCAGCGGCAGCUCCGCUCAUCAAGGUGCAGAGUGAUUUGGAAGCAAAAGUCAAUUCUGUCACAGAACUACUUAAUAAGUUGCAGGAGACGGAUAAACACCUACAGCGGGUUACAGAGCAGCAGACGAGCGUUCAGAAGAGACACGAGGCACUGCACUGUCACGACCAUGACAAGCAGAUGAGUGUGUUUAUGGAGCACCACAUUAGGCACCUUGAAAAGCUACAGCAGCAGCAGAUGGAUAUUCAGACUCACUUUAUGAGUGCUGCGCUCAGGACCAGCAGUUUUCAGCCUGUUGGUCUGCCCUGUUGCCCUGCAGUGGGAGAAGGCCCUGGGAGAGCAGCCCCUUCUGACCUGGGGAGCAGGUGGCUGUCCUCACACAACGCACUCACUUCUAAACCAGCACCUCUAAGGGAAGUUGAAGAUUUGGAUUUUGAUAAGCAGAGAUCUCCUUUAGAGACACCGACACCUCGCAGGUUUGCUCCUGUGCCUGUUUCAAGGGAUGAUGAAAUAUCCAAGAGGGAGAAUCCUAUGGAAGAGAAAGAAAAUAUGGACAUGUUGGGUCAAAGAAAUAAAGUAAGACUGUUGGAACAAAUUUUGAAUAAUAAUGAUUCUUUGACAAGGAAAAGUGGAUCAGAUAUAACCUCACUAACUCAGUCAAAAAUGGAAUGGAAUCCUGAGAAAACAAACAGCAUUGGAACUCAUUCUUUUCAAAGAUUUCCUUCGUAUGAAGAGCAAGGAACAGCUGAAAGAACUGGGCAGAAGUCUAACAAUAUUCUUCAUGAUCUCAGCCAAAAGAAGAAAGAAACAAAUGGCAUGAUGCCGUCAAAAGAAUCUCAGGUUAUGUUGAGGCUUGCUGAUCUUCCACAAAAUUCAGCUAAAUGUCAAGCAGAUAAUCCAAGAUCCAUUUUGAAAGAUGCUGAGAAGAUUUUAAGAGGAGUCCAAAACAAUAAAAAAUUACUUGAAGAAAACUUGGAAGCUAUUAUUCGUGCGAAGGAUGGAGCCGCCGUUUACUCAUUUCUCAAUGCGUUAUCCACGGAUAGAGAGAUGUCAGAGAAGAUUAGGAUUAGGAAAACAGUAGAUGAGUGGAUUAAGGCUAUUUCUGCAGAAAUUCAGGAUGAACUGGCAAGAAAAGAUUAUGAACAAAAGAGAUUUGAUCAGAAGACUCAGAGGAACAAGAAAGUUCAGAAUACGAGUAAAGAUAUGAAAAUCAACACACAAGUCAAAACUGUAAACAAACCUGUAAUUCCAAGAAGACAUCCUCACAGACAAAUGGAGGAGCAAUGUGGAACUCUACCCAUGAGGAGCAGCCCUGCCCCCAAUCCACAGAAAAAAGAAAGAAAGGAAGGGAUUUUGAAAGCAGCCACAGUGACACGAGAUGAAGAUUAUACGCUACAAAUUUAUGGGAAACCCAUUUAUCAGGGCCAUCGCAGCACUCUUAAGAAAGGACCCUAUCUCAGAUUUAAUUCUCCAUCUCCUAAAUCCAGGCCACAACGACCAAAAGUAAUAGAACGAGUUAAAGGCACUAAAGUCAAGUCAAUAAGAACGCAGACUGACUUCUAUGCAACAAAACCUGCGAAGAUGGAUGCUAAAGUGCAGCGUUCCCUUGCCACACUGCCUCAGCUGGAGCAGCAAUAUGUGUUCAGCCCAAGCAGAGAAAUGCCUACUUUUUCAGGUGCACUGGAAGGUCAUCUGAUUCCCAUGGCAAUUCUUUUAGGACAAACGCAAAGUAAUAGUGAUUCCGUUCCACCUGCUGGAGUAAUUGUAAACAAGCCACACCCUGUCACUGUGGUUACGUCUAUUCCCCCAUCAACUCAAAGAAACGAAGCUGCAGUAAAGAAACCUAACAUAGCAGUUGUAGAAAUGAAAUCAGAAAGAAAGGACCCUCCUCAUCUUGCUGUGCAGGUGUUGCCCAGUGUGGAUAUUGACAGCAUCGCCAACAGCAGCGUGGGGCUGAGUCCCCCUGGGCCUAGUCCUGAAGAACAGUCUCCCCCACCGCAAGCCUGGAUGCAGACUCCAGAAUUAAUGAAGGUAGACGAAGAAGAGGUGACGUUUCCAGGAACUAACUUUGAAGAAGUAAUUGAUGUGAUACAGGAAGAGGAAAAAUGUGAUGAAAUUCCAGAAUGCUCUGAACCAAUACUUGAGUUUAACAGGAGUUCUAAAGUUAUUUCUACAAAAUACAAUGGUCCUCCGUUUCCACCAGUUCCUUCUUCUAUUCAGCCUACUGCUGAUAUUCUGGAUAAAGUAAUUGAAAGAAAGGAAACAUUGGAAAAUAGCUUAAUUCAGUGGGUGGAGCAAGAAAUAAUGUCAAGAAUGAUCUCUGGGCUCUGUCGAGUCCACCAGCAGGCCAGACUUGAUGUCAGUGGCUCGGUCAGUGAGGCCAGUGAGCCUCUGUCCUCAGGUGCUGUGGAAAGAACAGGCAGCGGUGUCCUCCAGCUGUUUGUCGAUGCUGGGGUUCCUGUGAGCUCGGAUAUGGUUACCCGUUUAGUGCAUGAAGCUCUGGCCGAGACCAUCGCUGUCAUGCUGGGUGACAGGGAGACGAAGGACGCGCAUCCCGCUGCUGCAGGUGUUUCCUGCGAUGCUUCACCCAGCGAAGGCCACUUGCCGGCAAGGGUAUGUACCCCAGUGGUCACUCCACAGCCCACUCCUCCUGGUCCCCUGUCACCUGCAAGAGAGUGUGUGUUGGUCAAAACGCCGGUUUCUUCUCCCUGUGACUCGGAUCAUGACGUGGCUCUCCCGGUGAAAGAGAUAUUUGCUGAAAAAGGGAAUGAUAUGCCUGCUAUCACCCUUGUUAACACUCCAACAGUCACCCCCACUACCACGCCUCCUCCAGCACCAGCUGUUACUCCAAGUUUGUCAGAGAUUUCCAUUGAUAAGGUGAAGAUGCCAAGCCCAGAGCUUCCUAAGCCAUGGGGUGACGGAGACCUGCCGUUGGAAGAAGAGAAUCCUAACUUUCAUCAAGAAGAAAGUCUUCACCCGAGAGCUAUUGUCAUGUCUGUUGCUAAAGAUGAAGAGCCUCGGAGCGUCGACGUCCCUGCUCAGCCUGCAGCGCCCGCGCCCCUCGCAGCACUUCCUUCCAACGCCAGAGCUCCUUCCUCGUCCCAGCUGCUCAGUGCGGACUCGUCAACGCUGGCGAGCACUUGGAGCCCAACCGCCACUGACACUGAAACCCUGGACCGACCCAUCUCGGAAGGAGAGAUUUUAUUUAACUGUGGUCAAAUGUUGGCUGCCCAAGUUUUAGGAGAAGCAGGGCUGUAUCUGACAAAUCUGAAUGAUAGCUUAUCCAGCACUCUGCAAGACGCCCUUGAAAUGGAAGAUGAUUGUCCUAGCGAAGGACAAGUGAUUAGGAAAUCCCAUAAAAAAUGUCAUGCCGAGGCAGUUCUUUCUCUUCUUACUAAGCAACACCAGGAGCCAGCGGUGUCACAGGAAGCAGUCGGUCAUCCAGAGGACUUGGACAGCGUGGGUGAGCUCAGUGAAGGCCAGCGGCCCGGGCUGACCGCAGUGGCAGGGAGCGUCCUGCUGGGGCGCCCUGUCCGUGCCCAGCAGCCUGUUCCUGGUGUGGAGUCCCUGGAACAGCAGUGGGAUCCUAAGCUGUUCCCUCAGGAGUUUGGCACAGUUUCAGGUGGUGUUUAUGGAGAUUCCUGUGCAAGUCAUGGUCCUAUGAGUUUGGGAGAAUUGGAGCUGCAACCAAUCUCAAACCUUGUGCUUCCCGCAACACUCUUCACUGCUCAGGAAAAUGAUGCUGAUUUACCAAAAAUAGCUGAAGAUUUUUCUCAGUACCAACAAAAGCAAGAACAGGAUGGUAAGCAAGUUGAACACAAGCCAGCACAAAGUCAUUUAAUAUGUGUAAGAAGUAGAUCUGAUACUACACUUUCACAGAAACAAGGUGAUAUGGAUCGAACACUGAUUGAACCCAGUCUGUACCUUUCAUCUGUAUUUACAGGUGGUGAAGCAGCUGAGCAGGCGUGCCGCGCCAGGAUGUCGGUGACGCUGCCCUCGGUGAAGCUGGAGGAGUGCUCCCAGUCGCCGAGCGCCAGCACGCUGCAGGGCGACUCAGAAUCCUCAGGGACAGAUACCUUCUAGGCGGAAAGCAAAUUGCAUGGUGACAGUCACACACUGAUCUUAAAGCCAUUUUACUUUGACUUAAAAUUGUCUGUCAAACUGUUUGGGUCUUUGAGUAUGUCCUGCAACAUUAUUUCUAUCUUGUUUUAAACAAAAUGCAAACUAUCAUUGGAUAAUUCAGGUGAAAUUUUUAAAUAAAACAAGCCUUUGUGAGUCUGG